AUGCAGCCAGAAAUUUCAGAAGCAGCCGCUAUACAAAAUAUGACGAGGGUUCCUGGCAAGAGAGGUAGGAAUGAGAUUCCGCAUGAGAUAAUUGAGGUUAGUGAGGAUGAACUGAUGAAGAAUCGACCACGAGAAGACCAAGUCAAAUCAACUGGAAUAGCUUUUGGGCCCUCAUAUCAGUCUCAUAUUCUGGAUUAUUUUCAGCCGGCUUCUUCAGGGAAGGGGAAGCCAACGAAGCUGCACAAGAGGAAACAUUAG